GGGAAGUGGCAGGUGAGGCGGGGGCGGGGCUUAUCCGGCAUGGCUGGUGGGGGUGCCGUCUUAGCGGGCGCCAAGGGGGUGCUGUUGGAUAUUAGCGGGGUGCUUUACGACAGCGGGGGCGACGGAGGCGGAGUCCCCAUUCCUGGAUCUAGAGAAGCGGUGAAAAAGAUCAAGGCAUCUGGUCUAAAGCUGCGGUUUUGCACUAAUGAAACUCAAGCUACGCGGGACAAAUUUGUGAAAAAGUUGCAGCAUUUGGGUUUUGACAUCGCGGUAAAUGAAGUCACUGCUCCGGCACCCGCCGUAUGUCGGAUUCUGAAGGAGCGCAAUCUGAGGCCUCAUCUUCUUGUGCAUGACGAUCUCAUUCCUGAAUUUGCUGAUAUUGAUAAAACAAAUCCUAAUUGUGUAGUAAUUGGAGAUGCAGCAGACAACUUUUCUUACAAAAAUCUGAAUGAUGCUUUCCGAGUUCUCAUAAGCCUGGAAAAUCCAGUUCUGCUGUCUUUGGGAAGAGGACGCUAUUAUAAAGAAACAGAUGGACUAAAACUGGAUGUCGGAGCAUAUAUGAAAGCCCUGGAGUACGCCUGUGAUAUUCAAGCUGAGGUGGUGGGAAAACCAGCCAAAAUGUUUUUCCAGUCAGCUUUGACGGAAAUGGGCAUUGAACCUCACCAGGCCAUCAUGGUUGGAGACGAUAUUGUAAAUGAUGUCGGAGGAGCCCAGCAAUGUGGAAUGAGAGCUGUUCAAGUACGGACGGGAAAGUACAGACCUUGUGAUGAGCAGCAUCCAGAAGUCAAAGCCGACCUCUAUGUGAACAACCUGGCAGAAGCUGUCGAUACAAUUCUCAAGUAUUUGCCUAAAUAAAAAUGCUGCAGGAGUCCAUUCUAGGCAGAUGUUAAUGUGAGAUCUUUGGCAUAGCUGCAACACUUCUAGCAAUCUUCAAGCCUUCCUCCAUUGUUUACGGACUAAUUGGGAAGCUAUUUACAGUCCCACAUAGAUGCCUCCAGGAGUCUAGUUUAAUUUGCCAUUGUAUCCAGCUAAAGUGAUGUACUGUAUUAACCACAAAAAAAUACCCCAAAAGCAAAGUUCAAUGCAUCCUUGUUACUCUGCUCUGGGAAUCAUUUGAAUUUUGUCUGUCUGAUUUGGGGAUCCUGUAACACAUAACUGAAUAAACCUCUGUGCCAUGUGAA